GGAAGUAUAAUUGAUAAUUGUUUUGUUUUGUAGAAUGAACCUGGCGUAGACGCAUUGAACUGAAUACCGAACUCUCAGUCCUCUGAAAAUGUCUAAACUACAGUCUUUGAGUGUGUUUAUUAGUGAGCGCUUAAUGGUGGCUGCAGUGGAGAUUUUUGACAUAGUAGAGAAAGUGAUAAAGGAGUAUCGGGAAGAGAUUUCCCGAUCUCAACAUGAGAAUGACCGGCUUCAGAGACUUCUGAGGAUCGCACCCGAGAUAAAACGAUGUGGAACAGACUCCCACAAGUUCUUGCUCGCUGUCUCUGGGGAGGAGGUUACCCCCGAGCAGCAGCACUGUGAGCAGGAGAGCCCCAGUCUGGGACAGGAGGACCCAGAGCCCACACAGAUUAAAGAGGAACAGGGGGAAAUCAGGACCAGUCAGCAUGUAGGGCAGCUUCAAGGGCUGAAGGCUGACAUCAUAGAGUUUAUAUUCACUCCUCCCGGUGUGAAAAGUGAAUGCGAUCAGGUGGAUCAACUUCAGUCCUUGACUCUUUCCCAGACUUUGGAGUACAGAGAGAGUGACUCAAAACCAAUGAAUCUAAAACCUUUUGUCAGUGUAACCCACCUUGACAAUCCCUGUGACCCUCCAGAUAGUCAAGACAAUGCAUCCAGCCACAGCUCAGCCGUAAGCAGCAAUCCAGUAGGACUUUACGUCAUCCCACCAUUGGAUACCAACACACCAUUGAAGAAACCCAGCACCACAUCUAAAAAACACAAGGGGACCCUCAAUGAGCAUAUAAAGGCUCAUACUGGAGAGAAACCAUUUAGCUGUGGACAUUGCGGUAUAAUCUUCAAUCACAAGGGGACUUUUCACAGGCAUAUUCUGACUCAUACACGAGAGACAUUAUUUAACUGUGGUGACUGUGGGAAAAGUUUCAAGGAGAAGGGAGACCUAACCAAACAUCUAAUGAUUCACACAGAAGAGAAACCUUUAAGCUGUGGCGAUUGUGGAAAAUGCUUCCGACACAGGGGACAUCUGAACAGGCACAUACAGACUCACACACGAGAAACAUUAUUUAACUGUGGUGACUGCGGGAAAAACUUCAAUCGCAUAGAGCACUUGAACGUGCAUACAUUGACUCACACAGGAGAGAAACCAUUUAGCUGUGGUGACUGUGGAGAAAGCUUCCGACACAAAUAUAGGCUUAAAAAGCAUAUACUGACUCACACAGGAGAGAUUUUAUUUAAUUGUUCUGGCUGUGGGAAAAGCUUCAGACAUAAAGUGAACCUGGAUAGUCAUAUACUGGUAGUCCACAAAGAAAGAAAUCAGGAUGAAAGUGGAAAGAAAAUUAAGACUUAAGACAGAUAUUCUGUCAGGAGAUGGGAAUGAAGGUAGUGGGGGCGUUGAGGUGGUGAUGGGUUGGGUCGGAGGUCAUAGUCUCUGCUUUCCCAGUGGGUGGCUCUUUUUUUAUAUCCCUUUAUCCCUUCCAUGCUUUGAUCUAAUAAUAUCUGGGAAUUGAUUUGUAAUCAAAACAAACAAAAAAUAAUAAUUCCCAUAAUAAAGUUAGAUUUUUUUAAGAAACCAGAAUUAUGCUUUGUUUUGGAAUGUCUUUCAGGGUGAUGAGAUAAUGGUGAUACUGAUGUUAUUGGUGUAAAAUAUUGUAUACUUUAGGCAAAAAUAAAGACAUUUAAAAAUAUAUAUAAUAAAAAAAUAACCAAUCAUCAAGUCCUUGAUGUUAAACAGGUCUAGUGCUUGGCUAAAACAAAAAUGUGCACUCGUGUAUCUCUGUUGAUAUACAAAGAAAUAACCAUGAAACGGCCGAUAUCAAUUACUUUUUCUCCUGGUGAUGGUGCUGUGGCAAAUAUGUGUAAUCUUUUUGUUCCUCAUCAAAUAAAAUCAGAAUUCACUUGUGUGCCAUCACAAGGUUAAUCUCUCGUGGACAGAUCGACGUAAACACAUAACUGGUACCAUAGAAUAUGUCGGAAAGGAAUGGUAUGCGUUGGAUAUCUAGCAGAAGUAGUUCCGGUGAUUUGGGUUUGUCCUCAUUGGUUAUUUGGACAAAUCACAAUUUCGCAUGUGUUAGCAUUUUUCGAAUUUCGGGCCGUAAUUUGCAAAAAGAGAGGUUGGAGCUCCUCGUUCUAGCAUCUCUUCUCAGAACCCAGAACAUAAUCGAGCAGCUGACCAAUUACAUGAGACUUUAGUUCUGGGUUAAAAGAGAUUAUCAUAACAAAAUCAACUCUGGUUAUUAUUACCCCAAUACAUUCUCUGAAAGGAUGUUAUCCUCUGAACUUUGAAUAAUAGCCCAUCUGGUUUGUUUGAUCAACAGAAUGAUACAGUAGCAUCAUCUGUUAUUAUAAGUCUGUUAAUAUUAUGUGCAAUAAUUUUGCAUUUGAACUGCAACU